GUUCAGGAAAGGUAAUCCCCCUAUGCCGUUCCACUCUACCAGAGCUUUGAUUAAUUGAUUGUUUUGAGAAUCUGGGCAUCUACAAAAGGUAGAGAAAACAAAAUUUUCUAUGUUUGUUCAGCUGUAAGUCUCGGUGGUGGUUUGGCCAUGGAAAGGUGUCCUGUGCAUAGGAGGAAGUUGGCAGUUCUAGCAAUAUCUGCAUAUUUUGAGUUAUUAUUGAACCUUAUCAAGUUGAUAAUCCAAUAUUACAAGGAACUAGAAUAUGAAGAUGUCCAAGUUUUGGAGCAUGUUACUCCAUGGGAGACACCCAUUGCUCGACAGCAGGUUAGAAACUCAUUCAUGGCGUGCAUCACAUCCCAUGGUGACAUAUCCAACACUAUGCUUAUAAGAAUGAGUUGUAAAUCUUUUGAAAAGUUAUGUAAUCUUCUUAGAGAUCGAGGGGGGCUUAGAUGUAGUUGGAACAUGGAGAUAGAUGAGAUGGUUGCCAUCUUUUUGUACACGAUUGCUCAUAAUGAAAAGAACCGACAAAAUCAGAUAACAUUUCGACGUUCAGGAGAAACCAUUAGUAGAGUGAUCAAAGUUGUACUCAACUCGGUCUUGAAACUGCAUCCUAUUCUACUUCGUAAACCAAAGCCAGUUCUUGAGGAUUCAGAAGAUCCAAAGUGGAAGCACUUCAAGGUAAUCUUGUGCAACCUGUGUUGUUUUGCUUUUAGUUUCAUAUUAUUAAUCUUAUACUUGUUGUUUUAUACUGAAGAAUUGUCUUGGUGCCGUUGAUGGAACCAUAGUUGAAGUACGAACAACCAAAGAUAGACAAGCAAGAUAUCGUACACGCAAGGGAACAAUUGGUAUGAAUGUGUUGGGGGUUUGUAAUCAAAACCUAGAGUUCAUAUACGUGUUGACUGGAUGGGAAGAAUCAGCUCAUGAUGGAAGGGUUUUAAGAGAUGCUCUUGCUAGGCCAAACGGGUUGAAAGUGCCUAGAGGUAACCGUCAAAGUGAAUUAAUGAAAAACCUCCUCCAACAGUUGAUGAUUCUAAUUUUAAUUUCUUUUAUUCUAUGUUAGGAUACUACUAUUUGUGUGAUGCUGGUUACAGUAAUUGUCAAGGAUUCUUAGCACCUUAUCGAGGGCAACGAUAUCACUUGAAAGAGUGGGGUAGGAAUAGACCAAAGACUCCUGAAGAGAUCUUCAACAUGAGACAUGCCACAGCAAGAAAUAUUAUAGAGCGAGUUUUUGGUAUACUGAAGAUGCGGUGGGCAAUUUUAAGAGACACCACAUGGUUCUCCACUCGUAUGGUUGCCAAAAUCGUGAAUGCUUGUUGUCUACUACAUAAUUUCAUACGAGGAGAGGUGGGUGCUGAUGUCUUUGAGAGGGUGUAUGAAGAUGAAGAUCCAUCUACUGAACCGAUAAUAGAUGAUGAUGAGUUGAUAACACUGAUCCAACCGACACUAGAGUGGACACAAUUUAGACAACAAUUGGCACAGGAAAUGUGGGCGUCUAGAACCUAUUAUGCUAACUAGAGACUUUUAGUUCCCUGGUUAUUUUGGUUGAACAUGGUCUGGUAAUAGUUGGCUCGUUUGUGCUUGUGUGUUUUGCAUUGAAUGAUGUCCUGUGGUUGCCAUGUAAUGAGUUGUAGAGGGCAGUUUACUUUUCCCUGAACUUUCAUUUUGUCACUGAACUUUCAUUUUGUCAAUAGGACUACUGUCAGUAGUGGGUGUAUAUUUUUAAUGUAUAUAUAUGUGAAUAUAAAAUUUAUUAUGUUUUUAUUUGUUAUGUAUUUAUGCUAUAUAUGAUAAGUGAAGUAGUUGAAGGGCAGUAGGACAUAAAUCAGUAGAGGGCAGUAGCAGAUUGCAGUAAAUGGUGGUGGUUGAUGGCUUUAUUAGGGCUGGUGUGUGUGGUUUAGUUCAUUUACUACAUGCAUUGCCUUUACAUGUUUAUAUAUAUAUAUAUAUAUAUGAUAAUGGAAGGUACAACGGAACGGUAGAACUUAAAAGAAGCAGUUCAAGCCAAGAAAAAAUCUGGUACGAAGUUCAACAACAAUAUAAGCUCCUGGUUGUUUUAUUAUUUGCAUAUCAUCAAAAACAAGUUUCACUUGCUUGUUCAUUUUUGUUUCUGGUUGUUUUGUUUGUAGUUGAAUCAUGAUUGACGAUGAGAUGAAUGAGGGAUUCAUGGAAACUCAGUCUGCUUCACAAGCAGCAUCUGAUUCAGAUAAGAAAGCACGAGAGUACAACAAAUGGACAGAGAAUGAAGAUGCAGCCUUCAUUGAGAGCAUGCUACAUCUCCUUGAGACCAAGGAAGUCGAGUGUGGAAACUUCAAGAACGGGGGCUUCAAAAAACUCGAGGCUUUGAUGGUGAAGAAGAUUCCGGGAUUUUCAAAAAAUGUGGGAUCAAGGCAUCGGUGGUUCAAGAACAAGCAUGCUGCCAUAUGUGAGAUAAAAAAUGGAGGCUGUAGUGGAUUCGGGUGGGAUGAGAACAAGAAGACUGUGGUAGCUGAUGAUGAUGUUUACUCAGCAUGGAUAAAGGCCAAUUCUUCCUUCUCCGGCCUGAAGAAGCCAUUCUUAUACUUUGACCAACUAUCAAUGAUAUUUGGUAAGGAUAGAGCCAUGGGUGGUGAAGCUACUGACAUUAAUAUGGAGUCCCCUACUACCCAUGGGGUGGAGUCUGCUGCUGCCACAAAUUUCAAUUUUGCAGAUGGCAUUGGAGUGGAGUCCGUCUAUGAUGAUGAAACAAGCCAACGCGUUCUGGAGCAUAUUAUAAAUGAAGGUGUCAGUCAUAGGACCUUCCUCAAAGUCCCAGAGUCUGCUCCUUCAAAACCGACCAAGUCAUCAGGAAGCAACAAACGUUCAAGGAAUAGUAAGGAUGAAACAUCUACUUCUGUUGUGGCUUGUGAGAUAGCAAAACUGAAUCCCCUAAUGGAGAAAGCAACCAUGAACAUUGAGAAGAUGGCUAAUAGUUUCUGUCUUGAAGAUGAACUCACUGUUAGGAGGGGUCGAUUGUAUGAAGAGUUGUCAAAGGUUGAAGGUUUGACAAGUGAGCAAUGCAUUUCAGCAGCAAUGGUUCUUAUCAAGGAUGAUCGAAUUGCACAGCUGUACUACCAGUUGCCAACUGAGGAGGAGAAGUUCCAUUUUCUCCUUCGUAUAAUUGACUAAAAGCAAGCCAUCUUCUUCUACCAACGGCAAGAUUAUGUUUGUAGAACUAUUUAGUGUCAUGUUAUGUUUGAUUAAGUCAUAUUAAGUCAGAUUAUAAUAGUAGGAGUAGGUGAACUAUUAUGUGUGCUUUAUGUCAGAUGAGACAUCUGCCAAGUGUCUUUGUUUUGUAUUAGCUAAAGUAAACUGGUUGCAUUCCCUGUGAGCAAUGCUAUUUUGAUAUUAGAUGGUUGUAAUAGGGUACUGGCCGGUUGCUCACAUGAUUAAAUAUGUUGUAAUUUUCUAUAGAUUCAAUUGUUUUGUUGUCAUUUGAGCUGCUGGUUUUUUUACAUAAGUUGCAGAAUAAUGGGUCAUGAACUGUGUCUGCCACUGGUCUGCCACUUAUGAAGAACAUCUGAUAGGCAAGGAAAGAAAAUUAGAGAACCAGUAAAAGAGGGAAACAAAUAAUGGCUUUUGUCUUUAGCUUAUGAAAAUGGAAGGGCAAAAAUGAUAUUACAUCUUUUAAGUGAUAUGUUUUUAUUCUCAAAACAAAAGGACAAUCUCAUACACCAAACAAUGAAUUUUACAAUACCUCAAAUUUCACAAUACAUGUAUAAUAUUAUACAUGGAUUGUCAACAAUACAACUAUAUAACAAUCGUAACCUCCAAACGACCCCUAAAAGAAUUUUAUUCCAUUUGUAGUCACUGGAAGUGCUUAACAUUUCACGAUUGGUCACUCUCCAUUAGUUUCCGUCCGUCUCCGUUAACACCGUUAAUGUUUAGCUUACAUGGCUAACACCAAUGCUGAUUCACCCAAUUUAAACCUGCCAUGUCAUAUAAUUCGGCCCGCCACGUAAGAAAAUCCCCACACAAUCCAACCAAAUCACAUAACCCGACCCUGCCUCUCCUCUUCUUUUUCUUCCAAUUGAAAUCUCCAUCUCGGUUUCAUAUUCUCCUUUUGUUGCCGCCUCAUCCAUCAUCACCGUGGGAGUUUCUAUUGGAUGAGGAAUCAGACUUGGUCUUAGAUGGAUUCAAGAAAUCUCUCUCAACCACAAUAUGAACAACCAGACCCAUCUUAAUUGAGCGAAGAACACAAAUUUUCCCCCUUUUGGCCAAAACCCAGAGCAGACCACGAUUGGGAGCAGAUAACGGACUCAGUUAGCGGAGAUGGACAAAAACUAACAAAGAGUGACCAAUCGUCAAACGUUAAGCACUUCCAGUGACCAUGAAUGGAAUAAAAUUCUUUUAGUGAUCAAACGUGAAUAUUUUAGCACUUCCAGUGACCAACCUUGCAAUUUACCCGAUAAUUAACUAUAUAAAAUCCUCUUUCGCCUGAGCCCUGAAGUCGACAUCUUGUUCCGAGCAGAGAUGGAUCAAGCUCGGGUGAUUUUAUCAGAUCAUGAAUUUCAAAAACAGAGUACAGUAAGAAAUUCAUCGUCACCGUCUCUAAAAGACACCCUUACCCUCCGCUCAACAAUCAACAUUCAAACAAAUGAUUAGGUACCAAAUCCAAUUCCCCUAAAGACACCCUUACCAUCGUGGCCUCGCCAAAGAAGCCAUGAGGAUUAGUUUUGCCAGUGGUGACGACUGACGAGGCAAAAUUGGUAGUAUAUGGGUACUGACUAGGGGUGUUCAAAUGGUUAUUAUGGUAAUUACCAAACCAAAUAAGCAUAAAUUCUAUUAAUCAUGGAAUACAAUAUCAUAACCAAACCGUCCAAACUAAUACAACAACCAAAUUAACCAAACUAAAACUUAAUCAGUCUGGUUAAUUGGUUAAUCAGAUUAACCAAUUUAACAUCACAUUAUCAUUAAGUGAGAAAAAAUCUUGAGUCUAUGCAUCAAUUCGUAAUUUAUAUUAUCAAUAAAAUAUAACAAUCAAC